AUGUACGUUUGCCAACUGACUCAAGACGACUAUGCUCUGCUUCCAGGGCCCUACAUCAACGCGUCCUUGAUACCUCCCUUGCCCAGUUCAGAUGGUGGAACUGGAUGCAUUGCGUCGCAAGCACCUAUACCUAGCACUUUUGCUACCUUUUUCGAGCACUUAGUGGCGCAGAACUCGGGUGUACUGGUGAAUCUUACGCCUCUUGUCGAGCAUGGAAUCUCGAAGAGCGAUCAGUAUUGGCCUCUGAGCACGUCUGAGCCAUUCGUCGUUUCUAACCUGUGGAAGGUUUCGUUGCUAUCAGAAAAAGAAGGUCGCGACGUCUUUGAUGCCGAGUCAACCCCUCUUGCCCACAACGUGCCUAGCCUGCGGGUACGGCGCUUGCGCAUUGAGUCAUUGGUACUCAUGGGCCUUGUGGAAGGGGUCCUUGCCUCCCAGCCUCGCAGCGAGUCGCAGGGUCCCGUUUGGGUUCACUGCUCUGCCGGUCUUGGGCGCUCAGGUACCUUGAUCGGGGCCUAUCUGCUGCAGCAGCAGAGUGACUCACAACUUGCUUCGCAGGAGGCGCUAUUAAUGGCAGUGCACGUCACAGCACACAUGCGCAAAUACCGUACGGGCUCUGUCCAGACACCAGGACAGCUUGUUAUUCUUGUUCACACCACGGAAAAGAUGCAAUCCAUGCGUCAAUCAAUAUAUUGCUAA